CGCUAUUACAUCAGCAAACUCAGUCUUUCUGUAUCCGGGUCGGCGGAUCAUGAUGGCGGCCACCGCGGACAAAACAGCCGGCAUGAGUAAAAUGCUGCAGUUUAUGAAACUUAUCGGACAAUUGAAAAGGGUGCCGCGGACCGGCUGGGUGUACAGGAAUGUGAAGAAGCCGGAGAGUGUGUCCGACCACAUGUACCGCAUGGCCAUGAUGUCUCUGACCAUCACUGACCCCACAGUGGACAGGGACAGGUGCAUAAAGCUGGCUCUGGUUCACGACAUGGCAGAGUGCAUUGUGGGAGACAUCGCGCCAUCAGAUAACAUCAGCAAAGCAGAGAAACACAGGAGAGAAGAGGAAGCGAUGAAGCAACUAACGAGUCUUCUUCCGGAGGCUCUCAGACAGGAAAUCUACACACUGUGGGAAGAAUAUGAAACUCAGAGCAGCGCAGAGGCCCGGCUGGUGAAACAGUUUGACCAGCUGGAGAUGAUCCUGCAGGCGCACGAGUAUGAGGAGCUGGAGGGAACACCAGGAAGACUGCAGGAGUUCUUUGACUCCACAGCCGGUCGUUUCCACCACCCGGACGUUCUCCAGCUGGUCAGCUCUAUGAACAAAGAGCGAGAAAGUCACAUGACCAACACAGAUGGCACAAAGACGUCUGAGCCAUCGCAGGCUGCUGAUUCGGUGCCUGAAAAAGACCACACAACGUCACACGCUUCCUGACUGUAACACGCACACAGUGAACAGGACUUCUCAGGUAGACAGAGAUGCUGGAUUCAGACAAACAGUCUGUACAGGGACGCACAAGCUGUAAUAUUGUUUUUGUUUUUUUUGUCUAAAUCACACCAGUUCAUUGUUUUAGUCAUUGUUUUAUAUGUUUUCAGUUUACACACAUUAUUGCGUAUUUUAAACCAAGACAAAGUUAAAGCAAAGACUGAAGAUUUGAAGUAGCAAAUGACUUUUAAGGAACCGCUACGUUUACAUAUUCUCUAGUAACGCCAUUUCUUGAUCUUGUAUUUGUGACAGCUUGUGUUUUUCAGUUAUUUGAUAUACAUGUACAUCUUUAGUGUUUGAUACUUGAAUGUGAAUCAGGUAUGAAUCUAAAAAAGAUGCGCUCACACUUGGCUCCUGAAAGUAAACUUAGAGGCUUCAAAACCCAAGUUUGGCAUCACAUUUAUAACUGUGGCGAGGGCUCUCAUCUUAACUAAUUUGGUGCUUUAAACUUUUCACCUGUGCUGGUGUGAUUAGAUCUGUGAUUGGCUGAACAAAUAAGGUGGUGGAGUAGGUCUGAUAUCAGUUAUUGUCAAAGAUUCCUUCAGACUGAUCUCAGUCGUUCUGCAUUUUUAAAUUAGACAGAAAUUAUCUGCAAACCUUCCACAGUCUCUGAGACUGACUGGCGGAUGCGACUGUUUGCAGACAGCUUGCCUCCUAAAAGCUGACGUUUGCAAUCAUCGUGCAAUCAAGCAGUUGCGUGUAUGCAACACCUUCAAGCUUUGAGCAAGCAUUUAAUCACCUCAAGCUGCAGCUGGUUUAAGAAAAUGAAAAAAUCAAUACCAGACACUGAUUUCUUUAUAGAUGGAAGGAGGUUGUGGUCUUAUUUUUAUUCAUGACUGAGCUCUUGGCUUGCUCUGAAUUAGAAGGUAGCUUUGUCGAGCUAAGUGUGUCCAGUGAUUUUCUUUUGAGCUGAUUUAAUAUCAGUUUGCUCACCAAACGUUGUCUCGUUACGAUUGUGCACAACAACACAUGAAUUGAGCUGUGGUUUGGGUAAGGCCUUGAAGGGGACUGGCGGCGGCUCCCGGGCCUGGCAGAUCCUGGCAGAAGUGAAAGAAUUGAAAAAUGGCAGGUAGGAUGGGGCAUGAAAACAGCUUGCAGAACUGGGUGAUCAUAUAUAGAUAAGAACAGGAAGUGGCGUGUUUAGAGACGUGGUCCUGGUUCUGAAAUUCAGAUACUUUAAUGCAACAGUGUCGCUGCACCAUUACAUUGUAGUCCAUAAAUGAUAGGUGUGUUUUAGAAACAAUGCUGCAGAUAAACGAUUAUUUUAGUAUUCUGCAGGUAUUAAUGUUUGUUCUGUUUUCCUCAUGCUUUUCCAGAGUGCUGUUGAAACUGUAGAGUGACAUCAGGUUUGGUUCAAACAAUCUUUAUUAUACAUACUAAAGUCAUAAAAACAGUUAUUGAUCAUUCACAUACAGUGUUAUUGUACAUGAUGGUCACAGUUAUGUCUUUUUGUGUUUAUGCUGUAAAGACAUUUAUUACAUAAAAGGUUUAUUGAAAUCAA